AACAAUAAUAGUGAGAGAUUGAGCUAGUGAUAUGGCAGAAAUUUGCUUCACCACUAUGGUCCAACCGGCCGCAGGUCACCGUAAAUCAUCAACUGCUAGUUUACGUAUUGAGUUAACUCCAUGGGAUGUCCGGCUACUUUUACUUGGCCCCAUUCAGAAGGGACUUCUCCUCCUCAAACCAUCACCUUCACACAUUGAUCACCUCAAAACCUCCCUCUCUCGCACUCUACACUUCUUCCCUCCCCUCGCUGGCCGCCUCACCAUCAUAAAAAAUGCGGAUAACACCACCUCCUUCUUCAUAAACUGCAAUGAUGUCGGAGCACGGUUCAUUUAUGCCGUGGCUCCUAGUAUUACAGUGGCCAACAUCCUUCAGCCUGUGUACGUGCCUCGCUUUGUGCGCUCCUUUUUUCCCUUAAAUGGAGCUCAAAACCACGAAGGUGUCUCCAAGCCCAUACUUGCAGUGCAAGUGACUGAACUCGCCGAUGGAUUCUUUAUCGGUUGCACCGUCAAUCACACAGUCGCUGAUGGCUCAUCUUUUUGGCAUUUCUUCAAUUCAUGGUCGGAAAUUUCCCGUGGUUUUGACAAGAUAACGCGGCCUCCUUUUCUUGAACGUUCGUUUCCCAAUGAUAUUGAUUGUCCCAUUCGUGUUCCUUUGUUUGACAAACAACUCAAUGGGUUCUAUAGUAUUCUUCCACAACUUCAAGAAAGGGUAUUUCAUUUUACCAAAGAAAAAAUUGCAGGACUCAAAGAAAAAGCUAAUGCCGAAAUGAAGUACACAACUCAUAUCUCCUCUCUUCAGGCACUUAUGGCUCUUCUAUGGCGAUCAAUAAUACGUUGUAGAAGUACAGUUGCUCAUGCUGAUCAAGAGACAAAUUUUAGGUUGGCGAUUGGCGUUAGGCCGAGGUUGCACCCAGCACUGCCACAAGAGUAUUUUAGAAACGGGGUGUACUUUGAGACCAUGACCACCAAAGCCAGUGAGCUACUCAAGCAAGGACAAGGUUGGGCUGCUUGGCAAAUGAACAAGUUAAUUGCCUCGCAAACAGGUGAUGAAAUAAGGAAUUUCUUGAAGUGUUGGAUAAAAAACCCUAGGCUGCAGACAUGCGGUUCCGUGACAACCAACGCUUUGAUCACGAGCAGUUCCCCUCGGUUCAACGUGUACAGUAAUGACUUUGGUUGGGGAAAACCAGUGGCGGUACGAAGUGGUGAGGCUAACAAGCCUGAUGGUAAGCUAACAUUUUUUCAGGGGGCAGAAGAAGGGAGCAUUGAUGUUGAAAUUUGCUUGUUGCCCGAGACAUUGCAUACCAUGGAGGAUGAUGCAGAGCUGAUGGAGGUUGUCACCGUGUGA